CCCAGCAGUGAAGUAAAAGAGAAGGAACCGACCGGUUAGAGAGCAACACAACACUGUCAGAGCCUUAAGAAAGACAAGCUGGUAGCUGCACAAGAAAGAUACUGUAUUCAACAACAAAUGGAUUACAUCAUCAUCCAUUCAUGCUAACACUGCUUCCAUGCAUGUACAUGCACACAUGCAAACACAGACAUUACGUUUUGACCUCAUGUCAGAGCCUCCUAAGUGCUGCAUCUGUCUGGAUGAGUUCACCAGGCCUGUCCCCCUCCCCUGUGGACACUGCUUCUGCCUGAGCUGUAUUGGCGAAUACUGGAGGAUCAAUGGGGCCUGUCAGUGCCCCCUCUGCAAGGCCCUCUUCCCCUCCAGGCCACAGCUCAAAACAGACCACACACUACAUGCUGCUGCCCAGACUGAGGAAGCAGCUGCGCCUUUAAAAAGCGGAGAGGUUGUCUGUGAUUUCUGCCCAGCGAAGCGAAGAGCAAUCAAGUCCUGCCUGAAGUGCCUGGCCUCAUAUUGCACCUCUCAUCUGGAGCCACACUACCAGAGUGAAGAGCUUGGGCGCCAUCUCCUGAUCAGUGUGGUGAAGAACCUGGAGGACUCUGUGUGUAGACUGCACGGGAGGCAGUUAAACAGGUUUUGCAGGAGUGAUCAAGCCUUCAUCUGUGCCAUGUGUGCCCAGACAGAACACAGGGGCCAUCGCAUUGUUUCUAUCAACAAGGAAGCUGCAAAGAAAAAGGUCAAACUAAAAUGGAGAAGGAUGAAGAUUCAGCAAGCCAUUCAAGAGAGACUGAGUAGAGUCGAUACAAUCAAGCUUUCUGCAGAUCUAAGUGGAGAAAAUCCGAAAGAGACAUGGGCCCAAAAUAAAGAGCUCAUCAGACAGCUGGAGGAGGAAAUCUUGGAGCUGCGGAGGAGAAACGCUGAGCUGGAGCAGCUCUCACAGACCGAAGACGACCUCCACUUCCUGCAGAGGUUUCUACACACUGCUUCGUCUUAACGAUUGGACAAACAUGUUGAGGAUUCACCUUAAAGAGCACUGGGACAAAGUUUUUGUUUUUUGAAAUGGUUAUUUGCAGUAGAAUACCUAUUUGGAUUGUGUGUUUCCUUCAAAGUAAUAGUUUGACCUGUGGAAAUCCACUUACUUUCUGAUGGAGAGUUAGAUGACAAGAUCGAUACUACCCCACAUCUGUCGAUUAAAUAUGAGGCCUGGUCAUUUAGUUUAGCAUAAGUGGAAACUGUGACAAAAUUCACCUAUAAACAGCUCUUAAGCUAAAUUACUAACAAGUUAUAUUUCAUUUAUUACCAGGCUACCAAGCAGAGUUUGGAGAGUUAGAGCAAAGAAAUAGUUUGGGACACAGACCUCUUGUAUAAAGGUGAAUUGUCAUUUUUACAUAUUGUUUUUUGUAUUAAACAAAAAAGGUAUAAGCCUGUGACAGGAUGGGCUUUUAUUUCCUUUUGCACAAAACUGUUGCUCAGCAAAGAUGGGAAAUACAAUCAUUAUUUAAAACCUCUU